GGGGAGCAGACAGAAGAGAAGCAAGCACGACCACCGCAAUCCCGCAUCGUGCCUGGCAACAAAACCCCGAACGUACGUCACGCAGUGCACUCGGACCGUCUAUUAAGCACUGGAAUAGUACAGCUCCUGACUCGACAGUACGCCCAAAGUGCGAAUUUCGCCGCUACAAGAAGUUUCCAAGCUGAGCACGCGGAUCUGUCGAUUCCUGCUCAGAGACAGUCCAGCAACAUUCAGCUCCAAAAACACCCCUCGAUUCUAUCGCCAUGGCCUCGGAAUUUAUCGGCCUGCAGAUGGUGGUCACGGUGCGCGGUACUCCGCCAAUGCUCCUCAAAGGCACCGUCAGCGCUGUCGAAGCUGGUGCUGGCCUAACUCUUAGCAACGUCUGGGUCCUCAAUACCAACGAGUGGAAACCACGCCUCACUAUCCCCUCGGAAGACAUCGUCGAUCUUUCCGAGGUCAGCAACAAGCCUACGCCACCCGUCACAUCUACCGCCGAGCCAAAUAUACCGCCCGUCGCCCCUCCAGUUGCCCAGAAGCCUCCCCCGCAACCAGCGUUUGUUGACCCCGCGAUCGUGGCCAUGGGGAAACCUCCGGCUGCUGCAUCAUCGAGUCGCGCACCCGAGCCCCAUCCGUUGCCUAAUACGAGCGAGAAGCGGGACCCAGGACAUGUCGUUAUUCCUUCGGUGCCAGCAGCGAGUACAUCCCGGGAGGUCACGCCCACAAACCUAGUCGCUACAUCUCUGAAGGCGUUAAAACUUGACGCUCCCGUUCCACCCGCCGAGUCGACCGAGGAGGGGGCUGCCGAAGCCGCCCUGGACUACGGCGAGAUGGCUGGGCAAAAGAAAAAGAGGCGGCAGCGGAAGCCGGGGAAUGCGAAGACGGUGUCACAUCAGGACUACGAGGCGUCACCUGCGGCUUCGGCAAAAACUGCCGGUAAGGGGAAGGGCUGGAGGCAGACGCCUAUCUUGCAGAGUACGGCCUCUUUCCAGCCGUUCAACUCCCUCAAGAGGAACCGCAAGGGCCCGCAGGCCGUCGACAACGGGUGGGCCUCCGAAGACGUUACUGACGUCCAAGAAAUGGGAGAAUUCGAUUUCGAGGGCAGCCUGGCGAAAUUUGACAAGCAGAACCUGUUCGAGCAAAUGAGGAAGGAUGACCAAGUCGACGAAGCCGACCGUCUGGUGUCUCACAACAGGGUACCCCGUGCGAAACCGGGGACUGCGGGUGGCAAGAAUCUGCACUACUCGGAGAGCGUGCUGGAUACUCCCUCGGCAAUUCUGAAGGCACCUAAGGAGAGGCCAGCAUCAAAAGAGACGCCCAAUGACUUUUGGAACAGCGAAGCCGACGAUGGGAUCCCUCGCGGCGAGCGGUUGAGCGGUCGAGACCAAGGCAUGGGCAGUAGGCAGAGCUCGCGCCGUGGUGAAGUCAAAGGCACGGCAGGUCGGCGGUCACAAUCACGCAAAGCCCACGAGAUGGCGAGGACAGGGUCAGGCCCGAGCAGAGUCAACUCUGGUCUCCCGACGCCUGCCGCGCCGCAGAGUCUCUACGUGCUGCCGUCAAACCGGCGAAUUGAGACCGUCUCGGCACUGCAGAUGUUCAACCUCGAGAACAUUGCGCACAACGAGAUCGGGCUAACCGAGGAGAUGAUGACAGAAAACGCCGGUCGCGGCCUCGCCGAGGUGACGCUCACUGCUCUCUCAGACCCCGCCAUCAAGGUACGGCACGCCGGUAGCGUCGACCCAACCACAAACACCCCCCCACCACAGACGGUUGUCGUGCUGGCGGGGAAUAACAAGUCCGGCAGCCGGGCCAUCGCGGCGGCGCGGCACCUCCGUAACAAGGGUAUCAACGUGCUCGUGUGCGUGGUGGGCCUCGAGCGCGGCGAGCGCGACCUCCUCGAGGACGUACAACAACAAGUCCGGCUGUACCGCAACCUCGGGGGGCGGGUGUUCGCCAAGAGCGACUUCUUCGAGCACAUCCGCAAGAUCAGCAUCCCCAUGCUGACCAUCGACACCCCCCGGGCCUCGCUCAGCAGCCUGGCCAACCCGGCGCCCGUCAUGCUCAUCCUCGACGCGCUCCUGGGCCUGGCCAUCUCGUUCGGCGAGCUGCGCAACGGCGACCAGGCCACCGUCUACGAGCUCAUCGAGUGGGCCAACCGCAACGAGGCCUUCGUCCUCGCCGUCGACGUGCCCUCGGGCGUCGACCCCUCGUCCGGGCGCGUCAGCCUCGUCGACGGCAACCGCCUCUACGUCAAGCCCCGCUACGUCGUCGCCGUCGGCGCCCCGAAGAGGGGCCUGCUCGAGGCCAUGGUCGCGGCUGAUAACGAUGAUGGGGACACUAUACUGGCCGGCGAGGCGCCCGUGCCGGUGCCCGACGAUGGCGUGCUCGAGUGGAAGCUGUAUCUGGUGGAUAUGGGCCUGGGCCAGGCCGUGUGGAAGAAGGCGGGGACGAAGAUGCGGAAGGGGGUAGACUUUGGCGAGCGCUGGGUGCUGGAGAUGAGGUAUCGCGGGAUACCGAGCGGGGAGGUGGAGGAGGUUGCUUGAGUACCUACCUAGGUCGUCUCUGGGGAGGUGAGGUGGUGUGGUGUUGAAGAGGGGGAGUGGCUUUUGACACUUUUGGAGGCGGUGUGAUGACGUGCAUGGUUUCUACGGCAUAUUGCAUUUGAGCGGGGUUAUGAUCUUUUUCUUGGUUGGGUUGACAUUAAGCAUGGCGUUUGUUACGUGGCGGUUUUGGGCGGUUGUAGCAUAUGUUUAAAUAUGGAGGUCAUGGACCUGGGAUUCAAGGAAGAGUGAACCAUUUAGGGGGUGUUUGUUGGGGGAAGGGUUAUAGCUACCUACCUGGGUAAAGUAGUUACGCUACCUAUGGUGGUGACACGUGCUACUACCUUUUACUCUAAAGCUGCUUGGUUGUUAUUUGGUCUAGCUGGUAUUUGUAGAUGUGCUGGUAUUCUAUCGUCGGGCUAUAUGUGACACCCGUAGCAUCAUGUUGGAUUCGUAUUUGCAAAUGGCUUGAUGUUUGGUAAUAU